AUGGGCCUAGGUCCAACUAUAUUACUGAUGGGCCUAGGGCCAACUAUACUACUGAUGGGCCUAGGGCCAACUAUACUACUGAUGGGCCUAGGUCCAACUAUAUUACUGAUGGGCCUAGGUCCAACUAUACUACUGAUGGGCCUAGGUCCAACUAUACUACUGAUGGGCCUAGGGCCAAUUAUACUACUGAUGGGCCUAGGUCCAACUAUAUUACUGAUGGGCCUAGGGCCAACUAUACUACUGAUGGGCCUAGGGCCAACUAUAUUACUGAUGGGCCUAGGGCCAACUAUAUUACUGAUGGGCCUAGGGCCAACUAUACUACUGAUGGGCCUAGAGCCAACUAUAUUACUGAUGGGCCUAGGGCCAAUUAUACUACUGAUGGGCCUAGGUCCAACUAUACUACUGAUGGGCCUAGGGCCAACUAUACUACUGCCAUCCAGUUGUAACCCUCUCACCAGACUAGUUUAGAUCAGCAUGGGAACAAAGGUGACAUCUCAGUAAAUGAACUUCUUACACCAUCAGGCUGACUUCAGAGUAGGGAUGUGCACAGUUAUUCGAAUAUUCAAAUAUCCGAACGGACGUUACUAUUCAAAGACAUUUUUACAUUUUUUACAUUUUACAUUUUAGUAAUUUAGCAGACGCUCUUAUCCAGAGCGACUUACAAUUAGUGAGUGCAUAAAUUUUUCAUACUUGUGUGAGUAUUCAUUUUUGUGAGAAAAAAAAGGUGUCUUUUAUACAGGUAACGAGCUGAGAUUAGGAGCACAGGGAGUGCUCCUAAUCUCAGCUUGUUACCUGUAUAAAAGACACCUGUCCACAGAAGCAAUCAAUCAGAUUCCAAACUCUCCACCAUGGCCAAGACCAAAGAGCUCUCCAAGGAUGUCAGGGACAAGAUUGUAGACCUACACAAGGCUGGAAUGGGCUACAAGACCAUCGCCAAGCAGCUUGGUGAGAAGGUGACAACAGUUGGUGCAAUUAUUCACAAAUAGAAGAAACACAAAAGACCUGUCAAUCUCCCUCGGCCUGGGGCUCCAUGCAAGAUCUCACCUCGUGGAGUUGCAAUGAUCAUGAGAACGGUGAGGAAUCAGCCCAGAACUACACUGGAGGAUCUUGUCAAUGAUCUCAAGGCAGCUGGGACCAUAGUCACCAAGAAAACAAUUGGUAACACUACGCCGUGAAGGACUGAAAUCCUGCAGCGCCCGCAAGGUCCCCCUGCUCAAGAAAGCACAUAUACAGGGCCGUCUGAAGUUUGCCAAUGAACAUCUGAAUGAUUCAGUCUUUGUCAGUGGGCAAACGUACAAAAUCAGCAGGGGAUCAAAUACUUUUUUCCCUCACUGUACAAGGAUAUACGUGACAUUUCAAAUUAUGAAUAAAACAAUAAACUGUGGUUUUUAUGACGUGCACAGUGCACCUUCACAUGUAGCAUGUUGUUUAUGUUAGCCAUCAAAGCGGCAAAGAGCCUCAAUGUGUAGCAAGUGGAGUGAGAGUUCACUAAUGCAAUGCAAGAAGGAAUAAAAUGACAGAAUUAAAGUUUGCGAAAUGAGAAGGAGUAGGCUACAAUGAGCAACCAACAGGUAGGCUUUGUUUAAUCUAAUGUGGUUGGGGAGAAGGCGUAGCAUGUGGCCUCAAUUAGCCUAGCUAGCUCUAGGCUAGUCCGGUCAAGACAGUCAUUGUUAUAUGGGAUGAUAAAUAACAUUGUUGCUGCUACAAGUUAAAAAGUUAAGUUGCCUUGGCGUCUCUCUCUCUCUUCCUCCGUCUGCGCUGACUUGCUCCCAUCUCAUACAUUAUAAACUGGCCCAUUCACAGCAGCAGCAAUAGAGCGCAGCAGUGCUCAGGUUAAAAGCGUAAGUUAAAAAAACACAUGUAUUUUGAAUAUCCGGAUAUCCGACAAAAAUUCAUGAUUCUAUUUUAAUAGUGAAAAUAUUUAUAAUCCCCAGCCCUACUUCAGAGCCUCAGAGCCGGACCACCAGUCAGCCCAGCGUAAACAUUACAGAGCCCUUCGUCCACAGCUCAGAGGCGGGGGUGUAAUAUGGGAUGGGAGGUCUAUGUUGAGGUGUGGGGGGGGUCAUAAUGGAUGUCUUCACCAAGGGGUCGGGGGGGGGGGGGGGGGGGGUAUUACCCUCCACUAGGCUGUGGCCAUGCGGUGAUCUCCACAUGGUUACGCCAGAGGCCGGCCUUCUCUCACCUCAGCAACCUCCUCAGCAUCACAGAGCCUACAAUCCAUCAUGGAGGCCAGUCACUAUCUUUCAAACGGUCUUAGUCGCUAAGCCUCCUGCUGUGUAGUCUCAUUUCCCCCUGACACUCUCCUGAAAACUCCCUUUAACACACACACACUCACACAAACACACUCACACAUCAACCUCCUCUGUGAGCAGUCAUUUCUCAUUCCUCUGUCCAAAGCCACUGACUUUUCCCUGGGAGCGCAUUCUUCACACAUCCAACAGUGUGACAACCACCAUUAAGGCCCCAUUCCUCAAACACACGGAAGUGUCACAACACAUUAGGGCCUGAGCAGACACCAGCGUACACACAAUGGUGCCAUAGAUGAACCGCAUUACCCACACUCCCUCACUCAUCACCUUCAGAACCUAACCUUUUAUUAACCAGGUCGCCCAGCUGUGAUGACUAAUCUCUCUGUCAGACCCCGCCACGAUCAGGAAAGCAUUUGCUUAGGACUCCUUUUCUCCAAACGGCCCCAAUAACACAGUCGCUAUAGGGAGAUCCAAGCGCAUUUACAUCACACAUUCCUACAGCAAAUACACAAUCCCUGAAUAGGAAUGCAUGUUAAAAUGAAACAGGCAAGAAUCACAACCCGAUUGGGCCCUCUCAGUGGGGUGCAUGUUAUCACAGUUAGGUUUCCCAUCGCUACAGAGGAGCUCAAGUGUUCCAAACGGAGCAUGUGUUUUUUACAUGACUGCGGAAUAGCAAUAUGCCUUACCUGGGGUUGCUGUGAGCAUUAGUGCGUGCCAAGCUAAAACAUUCCCAUAAGUAAUUUGUGCUUUACGUUGCAGGAGGACAGUAAAGCUUUUUUCCACUGCUUGUUUAUCCAUUAGUGCAGGAGAGCAGAACGUUUCAGAACGUUCCCCGCAUGUUUGUUUGUGCAUGAGGUUUAGGACAGUAGAACCUCGCUCUCUCUGUAAGCCUGAGAAUCACCAUGCAACCAUUUUCUCUUUUUAUGUUUGGACAUUAACCAAAGUUGUAGACACUCAAAAAGCCUCUCCUAUUGUAUACAGUCCAUAGAGUAGGGAAAGACUUGGUUGUUUCCACAUUCCAAUACAGGACAUAAACUGUUUCCCUGUGUAUGCUACUUUCCAUUCACAUCAGGAGUGCAGACUGUCGUUAGUGUUAGCGAUUAGCCUACUGAGGUAUAUUAUGAUGUGACUGCUGCCUGAGGGCCUUAUUGAAUACAGGGGCCCUUGGGGAGUAAAUGAGGGGCCCCUCGGGGACCGACCCGCGGCUAUUUCUCCACACCACAUGACUCAUGCUCUCUGAUUUAUAUGUCAAACGUCCAUCUUUCCCUGUGUCUGGGCCAGGCAGGAUGAAAAGCGUCAGGGGAGUGGGGGGGGGGGGGGGGGGGGGGGGGGGGGGGGGGGUAGGGGACAGAAGCCCUGUCCGCACCAUCGAGGGCCAGGAGAGGGAAGUCUAUUGGGAGUUUGGGGGAGGAAGGUGGAGACAGAGGGUAAGUGAAAAAUGCCCCUCUGAUGUCUCUGUAUCUAAAGCCCUUGGUAACAGUUUAUCAGUGGGGAUUAAAUAGCGGCUGAGUUUCAGAGUUUCACUGUAAGCUUAUGCCCCCACAACCCAGACUCCCCUCCGGCCUUCACCUCUCAGCUGCUGGGAGAUGAAUCAGGAGCAUGCUGGAGGUAGGGGACCAGGAGCAGGGCCAGGCUGAAGCCAGGACCCAGGGGGAGGACACCCAGGCCAGGCUGGAACGUGCCUCCAUGCUGGGUCCUGGGCUUACUGCCUGAUUGCUGGUCAUUACCCCCUCAUUACUGGGUCGGACAACCAACUCACACAAUGAAUGUUAAGGUGUGUGCGUUUGUGUGUGUGUGUGUGUGUUUGUGUGUGUAUUUGUGUGUGCGUUUGUGUGUGUGUUUGUGUGUGUGUGUUUGUGUGUGCGUUUGUCUGUGUGUUUGUGUGUAUGUGUGUGUAUGUUUGUGAGUGUGCAACACAAGCAUCAGGUUGCUGACAUCCAGUAAUGACGGAUGGUCUGAAGAUCAUAAAAGACAAAGGGGCAGAAACAGACCCAGGUAUACACACAAAGACAUACACACCAACAAAAUAUCCUGUAUCUAUUCCCACUCACACAAGAACUUCCACACGUAUGUCCACAAGCAUGCAGGCCACGGUGAUUGCACUGCCCUUCUCCUAAACAGAUUAGGUUAGUCUGGAACCAAUUUUCCUCUCUGGGCUGCGGGGUGCAGGCGACCCUUCACAGAGCACGCUCUGUUUGGACACGGAUAAUCAGCACUGAUCACUCCACGAGCAGGGGGCUGCAGGAGAGGGGAGGGGUGGGGCAGGGGGAUACCACACCUCAUAGGAUGAAUGGUCAUGGAGAGAUAAUGCAAUAAUAUAAGGCUAGAGGCUAUACUGCCCUACAAAUGCAAAACGCAGUAACUACGUAAAUUGUUUUACUGCUAAAUCUGACUUCAACAUCUUUUUCUGUCUAGACAAACAGUAAUUUCUGAUACUCCAUGCUAUAUUCUGAUCAACUGGCUUUUCCUUGUGUCAGGAAAUGAAAUACCACAUUAAUCAGAUAAUAAACCUGGCCAUUACAACAGAUCAAAGAUUUUUUACCUGCGUUUUCAAAUCAAAUCAAAUCAAAUCAAAUUUUAUUGGUCACAUGCGCCGAAUACAACAAGUGCAGACAUUACAGUGAAAUGCUUACUUACAGCCCUUAACCAACAGUGCAUUUAUUUUUAACAAAGAAAGUAAAAAUAAAACAACAACAAAAAAAGUGUUGAGAAAAAAAAGAGCAGAAGUAAAAUAAAGUGACAGUAGGGAGGCUAUAUAUACAGGGGGGUACCGUUGCAGAGUCAAUGUGCGGGGGCACCGGCUAGUUGAGGUAAUUGAGGUAAUAUGUACAUGUGGGUAGAGUUAAAGUGACUAUGCAUAAAUAAUUAACAGAGUAGCAGCAGCGUAAAAAGGAUGGGGUGGGGGGGCAGUGCAAAUAGUCUGGGUAGCCAUGAUUAGCUGUUCAGGAGUCUUAUGGCUUGGGUGUAGAAGCUGUUGAGAAGUCUUUUGGACCUAGACUUGGCACUCCGGUACCGCUUGCCGUGCGGUAGCAGAGAGAACAGUCUAUGACUAGGGUGGCUGGAGUCUUUGACAAUUUUGAGGGCCUUCCUCUGACACCGCCUGGUAUAGAGGUCCUGGAUGGCAGGAAGCUUGGCCCCAGUGAUGUACUGGGCCGUACGCACUACCCUCUGUAGUGCCUUGUGGUCGGAGGCCAAGCAGUUGCCAUACCAGGCGGUGAUGCAACCAGUCAGGAUGCUCUCGAUGGUGCAGCUGUAUAAUUUUUUGAGGAUCUGAGGACCCAUGCCAAAUCUUUUCAGUCUCCUGAGGGGGAAUAGGCUUUGUCGUGCCCUCUUCACGACUGUCUUGGUGUGUUUGGACCAUGAUAGUUCGUUGGUGAUGUGGACACCAAGGAACUUGAAGCUCUUUGUAGGGCAGUAUAGUAGGUGAUGUAACCACAGAUGUAGGUUAUAGUUUAACCACAUAGAAAGGGUUACGUUAUUACAUGAUCACAUAUACAGGAUGUAUGACCAUGGAUGAGGGAGAGGUGACCGUGAAGAGGAGGUCCAUAUGACCAUACAGAUCUAAAUACCUCAAAAUCAUGUAUGACCAUGACCGCAGGGGAUAAGGGAUAGAUCGAGUAACGUUACUUUAAAAGGUUCCAGAGAGUUUAGUCUUUUAACCUCCUAAAACAUCCCCCCCAAGAUCAUUCAUUUCAAGUAAUUUGGGGGUUUUCAGUAUAAAUGAAAUAUGUUCUGUGGAAAGGGUUCAAGUGUAGAGCAAUCCUUAUGACAAGACUGACUAUGUAUCCUUCAACACCAAUCCACUGGCUGUGUGUUGUCACUACACUUUAUAUAUACAUCAGCACCCCUCCGCUGUCUGCAACCUGCCUGCUGUGUGGAGAGGAGAUACGUCUUCAUUGGUCGUAAAUGAAAGCUCAUUUAAGUUCAGAGUGUGUUUCAUAUGAAACGAGAACAAGCCAGUCCCUGGAAACACAUGUUGCCUUGUGAUAACCCUGUCAUAAAUCUAAACUUGAAAGUUUCAAGUUCAAACCUCUUGGAAAAUAUAUGAAUCUGGGCUUGGAGGGAACUGGAUCAUAAAAGUAUCCAACGGAGUAUGAAGAUCAUGUCUGUCCACAGAUAAAUAAGUUGGUCUCUUGGGUAAAAAAACAUGUACUGAAGCUGUGGACGGGUCUAACUGCUCAUGCUCAGUACGUCCACUUUGCAGUGUGACGUCUACAGCUCUCUCUAAGCCAAUGGUUUUCCCUCAGGUUAGAGGUCACGUUUUGUUUUGUCUUACUUUCUAAUGACCUCUACUCAUUGUUCUACAGCGGGAGUACGGGAUGCACCUCUGACCAGGGAGAAACCUCAUCCAACUGGGCCAACUGGGACCCAGUACUGUCACAGUUACACCUGUGGGAUAUUCAGUAAGUAUGGG